CGCAAAUUCGUAGAAUUCUCAGUUAAAUUUAGUGGAAAAUCUCAUAAUCCAAACUUCUCUCCUUUGCUCUGAUAAUUCCUUCGACCAGCUGAGCUUGUUUUCUCUCUCUCUCAUUCGGUUUUCGACGAAACCUUUGACCUGAUGACCUUUUUUUUUUUUUUCCAAUCCUCUCCCGAGCUGUGAUUUAGCCCUUUAGGGUUCUUCGGGAUUCUGUAUCGGGCGCGGAAAAACCGUUUUCAUCGGUUGUGUCUGAAUCGGGGAUGGACGGCGCAGGUUCCGGAAGGCUUGUCGGCUCUGAUAUUCAUGGAUUCCAUACCUUGCAAGAUUUGGAUGUUCCAACAAUGUUGGAGGAAGCAAAAGGCAGGUGGCUCCGGCCAAACGAGAUCCAUGCAGUCCUCUGUAACCAUAAAUACUUCUGCAUCAAUGUCAAGCCUAUGAACUUGCCAAAAAGUGGUACAAUUGUGUUGUUUGAUCGUAAGAUGUUGAGGAACUUCAGAAAGGAUGGUCAUAACUGGAAGAAGAAAAAGGAUGGAAAGACGGUUAAAGAAGCUCAUGAGCACCUAAAAGUUGGUAAUGAAGAAAGGAUUCAUGUAUACUAUGCACAUGGUGAAGAUAACCCGACCUUUGUUCGCAGGUGUUAUUGGCUGCUGGAUAAGACUCUAGAGCAUAUAGUCCUCGUCCAUUAUCGCGAGACACAAGAGGUUCAGACAUCUCCCGCAACUCCUGGGAACACAAGUUCAAUUUCUGACCAUUCAUCUCCAACAUGUGUAGCUGGAGAUAUUGAUUCUGGUGUUGGUAAUGCACGUUAUGUAGCAGAACGCAAUGAUCCGAUUGCCCAAAAUCAUGAGAUUAGGCUUCACGAGAUUAAUACACUUGAGUGGGAUGAGCUUCUAGUGCCAAACGAUGAUAACAGCCCACCUGCGCCUACAGUAGAUGAUAUGUCAUACCUUACACAAACGCUCCAAAAUGCAGCAAAUGGCUCUGCAAAGAAUGGAAAUCACCUUGCAAGCUACAAUGCAUCAACAGAUGUACAGUCAUUUCCUUGUCUUGGAGAGCCCAGUUAUCAAAAUAACAAUCUAUGUGAUCCGGGAAGAUUUUCUAGUCAACAAGUGCAUUGUGGAGUAGAUCCUGGUCUACAGAACAGGGACCCUAGUGCAGCAGUUGCUGGUGAAUCCGUUGAUGCGUUGCUUAACAACGGUUUGCAAAGUCAGGAGAGCUUUGGAAGGUGGAUGAAUGCCUUUAUCAGUGACUCUCCUGGGUCGGUGGACGAUCCUUCCCAUGAAUCCACUCUUUCACCUGGGCAAGAUUCAUUAACUUCUCCCGCUGCGUAUCAUCAUCAAUCUAACAUGCCGGAGCAAAUAUUCAGUAUAACUGAUGUUUCACCUGCCUGGGCCUUUUCGACAGAGAAAACAAAGAUUCUUGUUACUGGGUUCUUUCACGAUGGCUACCAGCAUCAGGCAAGAUCAAAUCUUUUCUGCAUUUGUGGUGAGACAUGUGUCCCCGCUGAAAUUAUCCAGGUUGGGGUGUACCGUUGCUUCCUACCUCCUCAAUCUCCUGCGAUAGUGAACCUUUAUCUGAGUGAUGACGGCCAAAAGCCCAUCAGCCAGUUUUUCAGCUUUGAGUGCCGCUCGGCUGCAGUUCCAGAGAAGUCCAUCACUCAAGACAAUGUGUCAUCCAGAUGGGAAGAAUUUGAGUUCCAAGUCAGACUCGCUCAUCUGCUAUUCACUUCUUCUAACAAGGUCAACAUUUUGUCGAGCGAAGUCUCGGCCGGCAGCAUUCAAGAAGCUAAGAAAUUUGUUAACAAAACUUCGCACCUCCUAAACAGCUGGGCAUAUCUGGUGAAGUCUGUACAGGGAAAUCAACUCUCGUUUGAGCAAGCAAAGGACAACCUGUUCGAGCUUACUCUGAAGAACAGGCUAAAGGAAUGGCUUUUGGAGAAAGUGCUUGAAGGUGGCAAAAUUACGGAAUAUGACUCUAAAGGUCUUGGAGUGAUCCACCUCUGUGCCAUCCUUGGAUACACUUGGUCGAUCCACCUUUUCUCCUGGUCAGGUUUAUCAUUAAAUUUCCGUGAUAAACUUGGAUGGACGGCUCUUCACUGGGCAGCAUACUAUGGGAGGGAAAAAAUGGUAGCUGCUCUUCUCUCUGCUGGGGCAAGGCCAAACCUUGUGACAGACCCGACUAAGAAAAAUGUCGACGGCUGCACUGCAGCCGAUCUUGCACAGCAGAAGGGCUAUGACGGUUUAGCUGCUUAUCUUUCCGAGAAGUGUUUGGUUGCACAAUUCAAGGACAUGAAAAUUGCUGGAAACAUCAGUGGAAACCUGGAGACCUGCAAGGCGGAGGCUUCGAACCCGGGGACACUCACAGAGGAGGAGCAGAGUCUGAAGGAUACUCUGACUGCUUAUAGAACGGCCGCAGAGGCAGCCUCUCGCAUUCAGGUUGCGUUCAGGGAGCAUGCCUUGAACGUGCGGUCUAAGGCAGUUCAGUUUGGCAGCCGGGAAGAAGAGGCGCAGAGCAUAAUAGCUGCGAUGAAAAUUCAGCAUGCAUUCCGCAAUCAUGACACACGUAAGAAGAUGGCUGCAGCUGUUCGGAUUCAGUACAGGUUCCAUACAUGGAAAAUGCGACGAGAAUUUCUAAACAUGAGGCGCCAAGUAAUCAAGAUCCAGGCUGCUUUCAGGGGAUUCCAAGUAAGGAGGCAGUACAGGAAGAUAGUAUGGUCGGUGGGAGUGCUGGAGAAGGCGAUACUGAGGUGGAGGCUGAAGAGAAAAGGGUUCCGGGGAAUGCAAGUGAGCGCGAUAACGAUCAACGAGGACGAGGGAGAGACAGAAGAAGAGGAUUUCUACAAGACGAGCCAAAGACAGGCGGAGGAUCGGUUAGAGAGGUCAGUUGUCAGAGUUCAAGCCAUGUUCCGUUCUAAGAAGGCUCAGCAGGACUACAGGCGGAUGAAACUUGCUCAUGAAGAAGCUCAGCUGGAGUAUGAUGGAUUGCAAGAGCUUGAUGAUGAUGAUGAUGAUACUAGUAGGGCCAUGGAGAGGUGAGAGUGUGAAAGACAAUUGACUUUGUAUUGUAAAUUAAAAAAAAAAAAAAAGUAUUUUACUUUCGUCAAUGACAAUUGACUUUUUAUAAACCUUAUUUAAAUGUCUGUUUUGAGUCAUUCAUGGUGCAAAUGCGAUACAUCUUUUAAUCGAUAAGCUCAA